AGUCCACUCCCCCCUAAUAUAUGGAUAAAAAUCAGUUGUUAGUCUUGAUUAGGAGAAUUUUCCACAAGCCAAAUCAAACACAGGAACACACUAACCACCACGACAAUGCCGGAGACCAGUAGAGCAACGACGACCCACUGGCAACUUCUGCAGUUCUGUUUUCUUUCUUCUGUGCUCUGCCUUGUUCUCUCUGAACCAGUCGAAGGAGAAGAAGCAGAAGUCAUCAGCAGAUCUCAUUUCCCGGAUGGGUUUCUCUUUGGCACCACUACUUCUGCUUACCAGAUUGAAGGAGCUUAUCUUGAAGAUGUAAAGGGUCUCAACAACUGGGAUGUCUUUUCUCAGUUCUAGACAGAGACCCUCUUAUGUUUGCAACUGUCAAAAUCAUCAGUAGUUCAGUACAAUUUGCACAUUCUUCUGUUGAUUUGGUUUUUCUUCAUAAAGGGAUACAUCCAUCAUUUGAAAGUAUUUGCUUCUCAAUCCAAAGUUGUACUCAUUAGCUUUUAAGCAUAAUUGAUCUAACCAUUCCUUAAUAGGGAAGAUAUAACCUGACUUAAGUUGGAAACUACCUAGGAAAGACACUGAUCAUUUACAGUUAAGUACUCUUUCUAUUGAUCCUCCUAGAAAAUGAAAACACAAUUGAUUA